UCCUUCGGGCUCUCUCUCAGUGAGUCCUACGCCAUGAUAGUGUCGCCAACAUUCUCCCUCGUGGGCGUGGGCGUCUUGAGGGUGGGGGAUGGGCGGCCCUUCGGGGUCUUGUGCAUCGUGUGGGGCGCCCUGGCAGCGGUGGCGGCGGCGAGGACGGAGACCGCGCAGAAUUGCGUCCCAUACCCAGUCAGCCCUGACACCUCCUCUCAUCUGGUGUAUAUGGACACAAAUACCACUGUCGAUCUGACCGUGAAGACCGAAGCCACGCCGACCCAAGAAUCACAGACUGUACUGAAUCUUAGUGUGGGUUCUGAGACCAUUGAACUCCUGGUGAAUGACAGGGAGGCGCGUUGUAAUGUCGGGAGGCCCAGAUCGAAUGGAAGUGCGUACAACAUCACUGAAGAGGGAAAAGAAGGAUUAUACCGAUUCUUCGUUUUCAACAAGACACUUUACAUCAAUGGGAUCGAUGUGUGCGAAAAUGUAAACAUCGAUGCAGGAGAUGUCUUUCUCAAAGUGGAACGUGCGUCUGACAACGUAACUGUCAUUUUCAAUUGUGUCAGCGAUUAUAACUGCAACUUCGACAAUGAAUCCCUGACCCUUGACCCCGCCACCGCCAAAGGGGCCAGCUACGUUCGGACUCUGACUAGGGGCGCCACAGCUGACAUCGAGGUGUUCGACUGCCCAGACGAAGCUAGGACCAAUCUCCUCACCUGCAAAUCCCUGAUUACGGAUACGCUCAAGAGGGAGGGCAUCGAGGGAAAGGCCUACAAGGGCAACUGGCAGAGACUCCACUUCAGGACGGAGAAAUUCGAGGCUCAAGAGCGCAGCAUUGCCGUCCUGGUCGUGGGAGAUUACCUGAAAGUAUUUGGGUUUGAGAAAAAUGCAGUGGUGGUUAUCAGCAAAAUCAGAGGAAUGGAGAUUGCAACCGACUGCAAGGAUUCCUUCCCAAGCAUUCGUCUCAGCUUCGAACGACCGGCGGAAGAGGAGGCCCGGAUGUCACUUGUUCCUUCCACCGACGAGUCCGUAAAGCCGCCGGCGGGCGAUGGCAAGGUGUGGCUCCCCGUGGCUAUGGCCUUGCUCGUCCUCCUGGCUCUCGUGGUCAUCUUCAGCGUGGCGGUAUGCUGCAGAUUAAGAAGGAGAGUCGCGUCGCAGGAGCUAGAAGCCCUUGGACAAUCCAGCACGUGUACUCAUCCUGCCCUCUCGUCGUCGCCCUCGCCUUCGCUGGCGGAGGCCAAGUCGCGCCACGACCAGAGGUACUCGACGCUUCUCGCCUCGGACGCCGUCGCCGUUCCUAACGGGCAUUCCAAGAGCGGAGGCGGAGGGCACCUGAGCGGACUCCCUGACCUGGCUCCUCCACCCCUCCCAUCCACCUCGCCCCCCUCCCUGCCCCACCACCCCGACGGCGCUUCACCUCCACCAGAAGCCGUCGACGUCAGGAGGACUUUGGAAUGGCGGGACAACAGCUGCCACGGGGACGCGAAGGGCCCGCAGGAGACCCCCUGGUCGAGCGCUGACGACGGGGAAGACGACUACGCCGACCCGGAGGAGCUGGAGACACCGCUGUGGCUCCGCAUCCAGGGCGCCGACGACGACGAGGAACACGACUACGCUGACCCCAGAGAGCUCGAAAAGCCUGCGUGGCUCCUCGCCCAGGACGCCGACGACUACCACGACUACGACUACAUCGACAGGGACGCCCUCAAGGUCAUGCUGGACAGAGACAGGGAGGAGACGCAGCGGAAGAGCGCGGCUGCAGAGGAAGGAAGCCUCUCGAGGCAUGACUCCGAGAACUCGCUCUACGAGGAGAUGAAGACCCUCGAGGCGGCCAGGGAGAGCAGGGAGGAACAAAGGCAGAUAGAACAACAAAGAGAGGAACGAGAACAACAAAAAAGGCAAGAAGGACAGGAAGUCGAAGAACAACAGCAAAGAUACGAAAAAGAGAAACGGCAACAAAUGGAAGAAGAAGAAGAACAAGACCAGAACGAACCUAUACAACAAAACCAAGCAGACGAAUUGAAAGAGUCUGAGCAGGAAAUUUUGGAGAGUGGGAAGCUUGAGGCAAAAUAGUAAACACACGCACACACACAUAAAAAAAUAUAUAUAUAUACAUAUAUAUACAAAUAUAUAUAUAUACACAUAUACAUAUCUACAAAUAUAUAUAUAUGUAUAUAUA